AGUACUCAAUAUCCUCAACAAAAGGGUAGGUCAUAAGAGUAAUGAGGCUGUCACCACUAAAGAGCAAGGAUAUGGUGGUCGAGAUUACUACCCAAAAUCUGAAAUCCCAUAUGACAGAUAUUGGAGAUGGUUUUGAAAUGAAUCGCAAAAGAGCUUCAAUCUAUAGAAUACCAGAGCAUAUAAAGAAGGUUAAUCCAAACGCAUUCAAACCGCAGGUGGUAUCGUUCGGGCCAUACCACCAUAGGGAACCCCAUUUGUUGCCCAUGGAGAAGAUAAAACAUUUAUUUCUUUACGACUUUGAAAGCAACUGCAAAUUGUCCAUUGAAGAUAUGGUGAAUGAGGUGUGGGACAUGUUGGAAGAUCUACAGAGAUCGUAUGAUAAACUUGAGGAUGAAUGGAAAACAAAACCAGCCAAAUUUUUGGAGCUCAUGAUCUUGGAUGGUUGUUUUCUUAUUCAACUCUUGUUGGGAAAUUCACCUUUAUUCAUAUUGCCGCUUAAGGAUGGACGGCGAGAUAUGUUGCUGCUUGAGAAUCAGCUGCCCAUGAAGCUUCUUGACAAGCUGUGUUUCAUGUUAAAGUUAGACAAUAUAGAAAAUAUCAAAUCGCUUGUUUGGCGGUCAUCGAACUUACCCACUGAAGUAAAGGAAAAAUUAAUGGCGAAUGACUACUUGCACCUUCUCGAUAUGUAUAGGACGGAAUUGGAGUUUCACACGGGGAAUGAACUGUAUCUACUUCAAUGCAGCCACUUGGGAAUGAGUCAUGAGAUUCAGCUAGCUAGACGCUUCGAUAAAGCUGGGAUCAAACUCAAGAAAGGGUGCAACAUUAGAGACGUGGAUUUUGAUGAAAACAAAGGUGUGUUGAGCCUCCCGUUCAUCGAAAUGAAUGCUAACAUUGAAUCAGGCUUAUUGAACGUGAUGACAUUUGAGAAGCUUGUUGGGAUUGAUAACAUAGUAGGCUCUUUCGUCAUCUUGAUGGGUAAUCUACUGGAGAAAGAUGAGGUAGAUUCAUUCAAUCAGCUGGCCAAAGGCACGGUUUUAAGCAUGUGGGACAAAUACGCUUAUGUCUACUAUUCGGUGAACAAGCAUUGUAAGAGGCCAUGGAGAAUAUGGUGGACGACUCUAAAAAAUGUCAGCUUUCAAAGUCCGUGGAUCAUUAUCUCUGCUCUUUCUGCUAUUAUCGGUUUUGUGCUCCUUAUUAUCCAAACCAUAUACGGAGUGUAUGGCUACUAUCUCCCACGUCGAUCUUGAUCCAACACCACUAACAUGCUUUGGUUUCAAUCUAGUUUUAGUUAUUUUGUAUUUUUAGCGUAUUAUUUGUGUGUUUGUGUGGCGAUAUCCUAUCUCUUACAUUAUUUUCAUGAUCUCGAGCUUCAAAAAUUUAUCUUCUAAGCUCCAAAGUUGUCUCCAAAA